AUGCACCACACAAAAAUGAGAAACCAAACUCAGCUUUCAGAAUUCCUUCUCCUGGGAUUCUCAGAGGACCCAGCACUGCAGCCUCUAAUAUUUGGACUUUUCCUCUCCAUGUAUUUGGUCACUGUCAGUGGGAACUUACUCAUCAUGCUGACUAUCCUCACUGACCCACACCUCCACACACCCAUGUACUUCUUCCUCGCCAACCUGUCCUUGGUGGAUGUCUGCUUCACCUCCACCACCACCCCCAAGAUGCUGGUGAACAUCCAGGCAUACAGCCAAGCCAUCAGCUAUGCAGGCUGCAUCACACAGAUGUGCUUCUUCCUGCUUUUUGCAGAACUGGACAAUUUUCUAUUGGCUGUGAUGGCCUAUGAUCGCUUUGUGGCCAUCUGUCACCCACUGCACUACCAGGUCAUCAUGAAGCCCCAGUUCUGUGUUCACCUGCUUCUCUUGUGUUGGGCCAUCAGUCUCCUGCAUGCCCUGUUGCAAAGUUUAAUGGUGCUGCAUCUAUCCUUUUGUCUGCAUGUAGAAAUUCAUCACUUUUUCUGUGAACUGAAUGAGGUGGCCAGCCUUUCCUGCUCGAACACUCUUCUUAAGGAUGUGGCUACAUAUAUCGUACCUAUGCUGCUAGCCAUUGUUCCCCUGGCUGGGAUCCUGUAUUCCUACUACAACAUCAUCUCCUCGAUCCAUUCCAUCUCCUCAGCUCAGGGCAAGUAUAAAGCAUUUUCCACCUGUGCCUCUCACCUCUCUGUCGUCUCUUUGUUUUAUGUCACAGGUCUAAGUGUGUACCUCAGUUCUUCUAUUUCCCAUAACUCACACUCCACUUCCCUGGCCUCAGUAAUGUACACGGUGGUCACCCCCAUGCUGAACCCCUUCAUCUACAGCCUGAGGAACACAGACAUGAGGAUGGCACUGAAAAGACUCUUGUUCCAUAACUGA